AUGCGCUGCGAUGCGCGACCCGUCAUUUCUGAUGGUAGCAAGGUCUACGCUGACCCCUUCGCCUAUCCCCUCCCAUGCAGCUGCGGCCCUGAGCACUUCGUCCCAAGUUACCUUCGAUGCGAUGAUCAUGGCUGCUGUAUGAAGAAGGUCAGCAUGGAUUGGUGUCCCCACGUUGCUGAUUGCAACGAGGUCUACGAAGUUCAUCGCUAUGUCCAGUCUCGUCGUCAACCACGAAAUAUCUGGGGUCCCAUUAACAUGGCCGGCGACAGCUUCAAUUCUCUCCGGAGUCUUCCCAUGAUUCAAGAGAAGCAAAAGACUUGGGACCAUCUUCCGGAUUUGGAGAACUGUCUCUUCACUGGAAAGAUGCCACACUUGACGGCUGUCCCACCUCCUUUUUGUAAGGCUGUUGAGAACCUUGCCAACACUGGCCGUCUCAUUGUCCAGACACAAGAUCAGCUGGGUGCUCUUCGCAACGAAGUCGCUGUUCGCCGAACCAUGCAUGACACUUUCCACGGAGAGGCUUGCUCGCGUGUGCUUAAUGAGUGGGAGUGCCUUCUCCAAGGACCUGUGGUAACUGGAGAACUGCUUGAAAAGCAAAUGGUUGAGAAUCUUGUGAAGCAGCAGGAGAUCUUCAACACAUGCUGGACCUUCAUUCAGAGCAUGAUGUGGUCUCGUCAAGUGAGCAAAGACCUUAUGAUCCAGAAUGUACCAGUCGUUUGGGAUCAGUAG